AGUGAAGAAGAAAUAAAAGAAAUGAGAAUUUUCUAGAAGAGACUGAAUUAAAGAAGCCUUUUUACACUUGACAAGUAUUGUCAUCUGUAAUGAAGAUCAUUGUGAAACAGAAGAUUGAAUAAAGCCUUAUAACACUGAACCUAGAUUAGAGAUUUAGAAAAGAAAGUUAAAAUUAGUCAAUUUGAUUUUGGUAUUCCAAUUUAAUAAUAUUUAUUAUUCUAGAUAGAUUUAGUGAGUGAAAAUAAAAUUCAGUACUGUACUAAAGCUGUUUUUUCCCUCCUUUCUGUAUAAGAGAAGAAAGUAAACAACCAAGAGCUAUAGUGAUUUAUAAUGAAAUAUACUAAAUCAAAUUUUAUGAUGUCCGUUCUUGGCAUCAUAAUCUAUAUAACCGAUUUAAUUGUGGACAUCUGGGUAUCUGUUAGGUUUUUCCAUGAAGGACAAUAUGUUUUUGGUGUUUUAACAGUAUGCUUUAUGCUCUUUGGAACACUUGUGGUCCAGUGUUUUAGUUAUUCUUGGUUCAAGGCCGAUUUAAAGAAAGCAGGUCUAGAAAGUCAGCAUUGUUUUCUUCUACUUCACUGCUUGCAAGGAGGAAUUUUUACAAGGUAUUGGUUUACCUUGAAAAACGGUUAUCGUGUGGCUUUCAAAUAUAGCAGCAAAACUGAUAACUUCCUAGAAGAACAAAUUGAUCCACAUAAAGAAGUUAUAGAUAGAGUGACUGAUCUGAGCAUGCUCAGGCUAUUUGAGACCUACCUGGAAGGCUGCCCACAACUUGUUCUUCAGCUCUACAUCUGUCUGGAACAUGGUCAAGGAAAUAUCAGUCAGUAUGCAGCCAUCAUGGUCUCUUGCUGUGCUAUUUCUUGGUCGACUGUUGAUUAUCAAAUAGCUUUAAGAAAAUCCUUGCCUGAUAAAAAUACCCUUAUUGGUCCCUGUCCCAAAACCACAUAUUUCUUUUACAAGUUUUUUACAUUAUUAUCUUGGAUGCUGAGUGUUGUUCUUCUUUUAUUCUUAAAUGUUAACAUUGCUUUAUGUCUGUUGCUAUUUCUUUGGUUUUUAGGUAUAUUGUGGGCAUUUAAAAAGCAAACUCAGUUUUGUGCUUCCAUAAGUAUGGAGUUCUUAUACAGGAUUGUUGUUGGAUUCAUUCUUAUUUUUACAUUUUUUAAUAUUAAGGGACAGAAUACCAAAUGUCCAAUGUCUUGUUAUUAUAUUGUAAGGGUACUGGCCACAUUGGGGACAUUGAUUGUGUUGUGGGUUUGCCCACUUUCUAUUUUUAAUCCAGACUAUUUUAUACCUAUCAGUAUUACUAUAGCUCUUACUCUUCUCCUUGGAAUUAUUUUUCUUAUUGUUUAUUAUGGGACUUAUCACCCAAACAGAAGUGAAGACAGAAGUGAAGAAACAAAACCUGAUGAAAUUGAUGGAAACACAGUGCAAAUAGAUUGUAGAAUGAAGCAUUUCCUAAUGGAAUAAGCUAUUUGCUUUUGA